AUGGCAGCGAUCGGCUCACUCGUCUUCUGCACGGAUUGCGGAAAUCUGCUGGAUGGCAGUGCAGGCAAACAAAAUGCUAUCCUGACCUGCCAGGUCUGCGGCGCAUCCUGCAAAGAUACCUCAACCAAAACGGUUGUCACUCGCUCCAAGCCGGACGCUUUCCCUUCAGCGCUGCGCGCGAAGCACUCCGAGGUGCAGACUGUCAACGAUGAAGAUAUGGGGGGUCAUGCGACUAUCGCGCAAACCUGCGAAAAGUGCGGCAGGGAGGAAGUGCGCUACUACACUCAGCAACUGCGCAGUGCCGACGAAGGCUCCACCGUUUUUUAUGAGUGCGAGUGUGGGCACAAAUGGAACACGAACAACUGA